ACAUCGCUUUCCCUCUGUCUCUUUUCAGAGAAUGGACCUUGGAGAAUGCCUGAAGGUGCAUGACCUGGCAUUAAGGGCAGACUAUGAAAUAGCAUCCAAAGAUCAAGAUUUCUUCUUUGAGCUUGAUGCAAUGGACCACCUGCAGUCAUUUAUUGCAGACUGUGACAGGAGAACAGAAGUGGCUAAGAAAAGACUAGCAGAAACCCAAGAAGAGAUCAGUGCUGAAGUUGCAGCUAAAGCUGAAAGAGUACAUGAAUUGAAUGAAGAAAUUGGGAAACUGCUGGCCAAAGUAGAGCAGCUCGGAGCUGAUGGGAAUGUGGAAGAAUCUCAAAAAGUAAUGGAUGAAGUGGAGAAGGCUCGAGUAAAGAAGAGAGAAGCAGAAGAAGUAUACAGAAAUUCUAUGCCUGCCUCCAGCUUUCAGCAGCAGAAGCUACGGGUUUGUGAAGUGUGCUCGGCUUAUCUUGGUCUUCAUGACAAUGACCGAAGACUUGCUGACCACUUUGGAGGAAAACUGCAUUUAGGAUUUAUUGAAAUAAGAGAGAAGCUUGAGGAACUCAGGAGGAUUGUGGCUGAUAAGCAGGAGAAACGAAAUCAGGAACGUCUGAAACGUAGAGAGGAGAGGGAAAUAGAAGAAAGGGAGAAACUAAGGAGGUCCAGAUCCCACAGCAAGCAUACCAAAAGAUCUAGGUCCCGAGAUCGCCGCAGGCAUCGGUCUCGCUCAGCCUCCCGGGAACGAAAGAGACGCACUCGCUCUAAAUCUCGUGAGAAACGUCAUCGUCACAGGUCUCGCUCUAACAGCCGCAGCCGGAGUCGCAGCCAUCAUAGAAGCAGGCAUAGUUCCAGGGAGAGAAGCCGAGAACGCAGCUCCAAAAAGAGAUCCUCAAAAGAAAGAUCUUCAAGAGACAAAGAACGUUCAAGAGAUCGUGAUAGAACAUCACGUGAUAAAGAUAGAAGCUCAAGAGAGAGGUCACCACGAGAUUUCAAAGACAAGAAACGUUCUUACGAAAGCGCUAAUGGCCGAUCCGAAGACCCAAGGAGCUCAGAAGAGCGUGAAGCAGGGGAGAUUUAACUGGCUGUGUAUUCACCCGAUCUCUAGCUUCCUAUGGAGUUGCAUACUAUGGUUUAGUUUACAGUUGUUCAAAGGGACACCAGUGAGCAGUUCCAGACACUGAUCCAACUAGGGUAGAUGUACAGUAUAUAAAAGUGGUUAUAACCAAGUCAGAAUUAAACCCCAUCAAUUAAUGAUGCCUAAAGCUGGGUCCUGGACUUCCACCAAGUUGUAAAACUUCUCUGAAAGAUUUCUCUUUAUUCAGGACAACAGUUUUAUGUACCAAGACACAGAUCUCAAUGUUUUUAAUCUCCUUUCCAAUACAAGUUAGUGAACAAAUUAUAUUGUACUACUUGCCUUGGGUGCUUUUGAACCUUUAUAAAUUCUCCAAUUCUGCUCCAGUUGAAACAGCAGCAUUUGAAAGGUUGUAUUUUGGGGGAAUUUUUUUUGUUUGCUUUUUUUGUAAGAGGGUGGGUGGACGGAUAUUAACUUUUACUCUAAGGUUAUGUUCCCAGUGACUUUUUUUGUUUGGGAACCUAGGAGUUGAUUACAGUGGGAGCAUUUAGACAGGAAUGUGUGCUGGAGAAAGAGUAAAUGUCUUUUUACAGUGCCUAUUUAGACUUGGAAAUUGAACAGCUGUUGCAUUACAUCUUUUUUAUUUCUACUUAAAUUUUGAAAUCAAAGCCAGUCCCAUAUCUGUACCAUUUGAUUGGUAUGUGUUCAAUAUAUUUGUUUUUUUUCCAUAAGGACUCUUUCUGCUUUUUCUUGUGGGGUGUAAACAGCACAUCCUUAAUUGUAUUAAAAACAAACAAAAAACCAGCAACAACAACAGAAAAUUAAGAACAAAAAAAAAAAUAAAAAUAAAUAAAAAA